GUGGAUACAAAGCUACAUCUCUCUCUUUCUCCUCUUCCUCGAAUUUCACGUUCAUUUUGCAUAUACACUCGUUUCGUUCAUCGUAAUCAAAAACAAACACAUACAUUACCUGAUCGAAAAAUCAAAACUAACUAAACAUUUUUUCUAGUUAUCUCGUCUUACCAAUUCUCACACCGCCAAGAUGGGUCACGAAGAUGCUGUGUAUCUUGCCAAGCUCGCCGAACAGGCUGAGCGCUACGAGGAGAUGGUCGAGAACAUGAAGAUCGUCGCCUCUGAGGACCGUGAUCUUACCGUCGAAGAGCGCAACCUCCUCUCAGUUGCCUACAAGAACGUCAUCGGUGCCCGACGUGCCUCAUGGAGAAUCGUCACAUCCAUCGAGCAAAAGGAGGAGUCCAAGGGCAACUCCUCUCAAGUCGGUCUCAUCAAGGAGUACCGACAGAAGAUCGAGGCCGAGCUCGCCAAGAUCUGCGAUGACAUCCUCGAUGUUUUGGACAAGCACCUCAUCCCCUCUGCUAAGUCUGGCGAGUCUAAAGUGUUCUACCACAAGAUGAAGGGUGACUACCACCGUUACCUCGCCGAGUUCGCCGUUGGUGACCGACGUAAGGAGUCGGCUGACAAAUCGCUCGAGGCUUACAAGGCUGCUACCGAGGUCGCCCAGACCGAGCUGCCUCCUACACACCCUAUCCGUCUUGGUCUCGCCCUUAACUUCUCCGUCUUCUACUACGAAAUCCUGAAUGCACCCGAUCAGGCUUGCCACCUUGCAAAGCAGGCUUUCGAUGACGCGAUUGCUGAACUCGAUACUCUGAGCGAAGAGAGCUACAAGGACUCGACUCUCAUCAUGCAACUCCUCCGAGACAACCUGACUCUCUGGACGUCUUCUGAGGCUGAGCCUCCUUCGGAUUCCGCCGCGGCCCCCGCCCAGGAACCGGAGAAGGCCACCGAGGCCCCGGCCGAGGAGCCUAAGGCUGCCGAGUAAGAAACGAAAAAAGAAAAGCCCACGUCCCUUGUUAGUCUUUAGAUUUUAAAGGGGUCGACUGAAGUUGGGUGAACCCUGGUGUCUAUGGAGUGAUUGCUUGAGAAUUCUCUUGCUUGAGAUUCUGCAUUGAUUUGAUUUUUCCCUCUUCACGUGGCAGAUACACAGAGCAAAGACUUGGACGGUUCUCUUUUCCCGCAGGCAAAAGGGCUCAAGAGCUUUUGGGAGGUCUUUCGCCGGAAUGCUUGCCCUUUAGACUCUAAUGCAAAUUCGUCUGAAUAAACCCCGUACUUUCUAUUUUUGCACAAGCAAUAUUAAUGUUAUGAAAUUGUCAUGAAAGUAAUGGACUUUCGUAGGAUGUUUGUAGGAUAAAACUUAAAAAGCAGAGGUAGUAAUAAGUAUCUCAGGCUUGAUUAGCCAAUAUAUGCUAAAUU